UGUUCAACCUUCAAUUUAUUUAAAUAUAAAAUCAAUCAAUUUUCAAUCAUCAUUAUCGAUUAUUUGUCGAUAGUUUUCAAUCAGCGAUCAUCAUCAUCAUCAUCAUGUCGAUUGAACAACAAUUUGAUGCUGCUGUUAAAGUUAUACAAUCAUUACCUAAAGAUGGAUUUUUUCAACCAUCCAAUGAAAUGAGAUUAAGAUUUUAUGCAUUUUUUAAACAAGCAACCGAAGGACCAAAUCAAACAAAAAGACCUGCAUUUUAUGAUAUUAUUAAUCGUUAUAAAUGGGAUGCAUGGACAAAAUGUGGUCAAAUGUCCAGACAAGAAGCAAUGCAAUUAUAUGUUGAUGAAUUGAAAAAAGUUAUCGAAACAAUAUCAAUGACACAUGAAGUAUCUGAAUUUUUAGAUUUGCUUGGUCCUUUUUAUGAAUUUUUACCCGAAGAAAUGACCAAUGAUGCUAAUAAUAGCAAAAAUGAUACCAAAAUGAAUGGUUCUGCCGUAGCAGUCGCCGACGAUAAUAAUCAAGUGUUAACAACAAAAAUGAAUGAUGAAAAUAUUAAUGGCCAAAAUAAUCAAAUAGCUACGACCAAUCAUUUGACAACCAUUUAUGAUAGUGAUGGUGAUGAAUUUACCGAUACAAUCGAUUCAUUAUCACCACGACAUGAACAAAAGCCGAAAAUAUUUCCCAAUACAUUUGAUAAUGAUGAUGAUUCAAUGAUGAUCAAUACUGAUCAAAACUGUGACGAAUCAUCAACGAUUAUCAACAACAAUAACAAUCGUCGACCUAAAUUAACAACAACAACGAAUCAAUCAUCACUUGGUUUCAAUGAACAAUUAGCUGUUGCAAUAUUUCAAUUACAAAAUUCAUUGGAUCGUAUAACGAAUCGUGUUAGAAAAUUAGAGCAACAGCAGGUCACCAUUAUUAAACAACAAGAAGAUCAACAACAGUCAUCAUCUUCUUCCGGUAAUAAAUGGCCUUUAAGUGAAUUACGUCCACAAACAGCAAUAUUCUUAUUGACAUGGCCAAUGGCAGCAUUUUUUAUAUUAAAUUAUCUGCAACGUUUGCGUAAAAAAUGAUGGAUUCAAUUCAAAUCAAAUCAAUCAAUCAACCACUCACAAAGUACUCAAUCAGUCAAUCACUCAAUCAAAUCAAA